CACAUGUCAACGUUAACUGAACUUGAAGCAUAAAAUCUCAAUAGAUAACAAAAAAUCCGUUUAAGUAACAUAAUCACUUUCUUAAUAGACAACACGUGAGGAGCGUGCAAAUUUAUCAACUUGAGGUACGACAUAACAUACGUAAGGUAACGCACAAGCAACAAUAGUUCGUUAUAUUCGUGCAGCCAUCAAAGUCAAUCUCGAAUGACAAUAAACUGACCAAAAAGGAAUCCCCAUGCAGGGUCAACCCCAGGCAUGGAUGGCCAGACCCCCGGGCAUUCCAGGAGUACCCCCUGGCUUAGAGUACCUGGCACAGAUUGAUCAGCUGCUUGUGAAACAGCAGGUGGAACUCUUGGAAGUUUUGACUGGAUGGGAAAGUGCCAACAAGUACAAGAUACAGAACAGCGUUGGCCAGCAAGUCUACUUUGCAGCUGAAGAAUCCGACAUGUGUGCCAGGCAGUUCUGUGGACCCCGGCGUAGCUUCACUAUCCACAUCACAGACAAUGCUGGAGUGGAGAUCAUUCGAGUUCACCGAGAGUUCAAGUGCUGCGCAGGCUGCUCGUGGUGUGCUUGCAGUCGGGGUUGUGCUCACGAGGUCACCGUGGAGUCUCCGCCAGGAACCCUUGUCGGAUACGUUCUGCAAAAGCAGAGCUGCAUUGAGCCCCACUAUGCCAUCAUGAACGCCCAGGAAGAGGAGCUGCUGACAAUCAAAGGGCCGAUGUGUAUCAUUUCGGGGCCCUGUUGCCCAGAUGUGGAGUUCAACAUGCUCUCCAAGGACGGGACCACGGAGGUGGGGAGGAUCAGCAAGCAGUGGUCCGGCGCCCUCCGCGAGUACUUCACGGACGCUGACAACUUUGGGAUCUCAUUCCCCAUGGACCUGGAUGUCAAGAUGAAGGCUACAAUGCUGGGUGCUGUGUUCCUGAUUGACUUUAUGUACUUUGAGCAGUCUGGCAACCAGAACCAGAAUAACCAACUCUUUUAAAGUGCCUCCUGGAACUAACCUAUGGACCAUGAAUCGAAACUCGAGUUAUUUUGAGUUAAAAAUUUGUAGAACCCAAUCUCCUCUUUUGAUUUUGCAUCAAAAUAACAAUUUUGUGCAAUGUUGUAAUAUUUCUUCUUCUUGUGUGAUGGCAAUGUAAACUAUAGUUUUAAUCAAGUAUCAUUUUUCAAUAUAUAUAUUUAAUUAUUUUUGGAAGGGGGGGAGAGAUUAAUAACUUACAAAUAAAUUACAGAACACUUGCAAUGUGUACAGACAUGUAUUUAAGAUAAUUGCCAGUGAUGUAUAGUGAUACAUGGAUGAUAUUCAUCUUUAUAUUGUAAUAAUUUUGUGUGUUUUUUUAUUAUUUUAAAGGGAUUUUUUCACGGUUUGGUAAAUUGACAAAAUUGAAAAAAGUUGUUUCAGAUUCGCAAAUUUUCGUUUUAGUUAUGAUAUUUGUAAGAAAACAGUAUUACUGAACAUUUACCAUAGUCCAAUAUGCCGUUAUAUGUAUCUUUUGACGAUUUGAAAACCUAAAAAUUAUAAAGCGUUGCAACGCGAAACGAUUGAAUAAUUUGGAGAGUUCUGUUGUUGUCAUUUAAAUUUACGAAACAACGAAGAUUGAUUAUAUAAGGUAUAAAAUACUUAAACUGUGUAUACCCUGCUGAAUAGCCGAGAGAGCUAAUGCGUUUUUACUUCAGACUAACUCCAGGACUCCGGGGGUCACUUGUUUGAGCCCUGGUACCGGCUACUUUUUUUUCCUUUUUUAAAUUUUAUUUUUGAUUUUUUACUGGAGCUUUUUAGAUCCAAUGUUUACAUUUAUCAAUAUAAAGCAUUUAAUGACAAACUUCAAAAUAUGCCAAAAUCUGUGAAAAGGCCCCUUUCAUAUGACAGCUUUAUGUGUUUGUAUUUUUAUUUUUUUAUUGUUGUUAUGCCAUGGUUCAUAUUUCAUCCUACAUUUUGCACCUUUAAGGUGUUUUAGUAUAUCAAAUUAGAAUUGUAUUUUUCAAAUUAGAAAACCAUUUAUUUAUGUGUCCAAGAAAAAAAAUUAUCAUUGAUUUAACAGAGUUCAUUAUGUACAGUAUUUGAGUAAUAACCAAAUAAAAUGGCAUCUGU